AUGAUUGUUCAUGGCAUAGCACUGAAAAUUAUCAUCUUCUUUCAGACUCUAGUUGGAGUCAUGGGGAAUUCCUUCCUCCUGGGCCUUUACAUCAUCACCUUCUUUGCUGGUCCCAGGCUGAGGACAAUAGACAUGAUUCUUACCCAUUUGGCCUUUGUCAAUAACCUGGUGCUUCUCUCCAAAGGGAUCCCUCAGAUAAUGGCUGCUUUGGGGCUCAAUAACUUCCUGGAUGAUAUAGGAUGUAAAUUUGUCUUUUUCUUUCACCGAGUGUCCCGGGGACUUUCUCUGUGCACCACUUCCUUCUUGAGUGGCUUUCAGGCCAUCACCAUCAGCCCUGAGAGCUCCAGGUGGGCAAAAAUCAAACCCAGAGUUCAAAAAUAUACUGUUCCAUUUUGGCUCUUCUGCUGGGUGUUCCGCAUGGCAUCAAAUGGUCCUAUUCUUAUCUAUAUGAAAGGCCCACAAGGUCACAAAAACACCACUAGUAUUUUGGAUUUUGGUUUUUGUUCAGUAUUAUUUAAUCCCUCACUUACUACCUCAAUAUCUGCAUUUUUAAUUUUCCUACCUGAUGCCAUUUGUCUAAUAAUUAUGAUCUGGGCCAGUAGCUUCAUGGUACUUGUCUUGUAUAGACACCGCCAAAGGGUCCAAUAUAUUCACAGUAGCAGGCUCUUCUCUAGACCCUCUCUUGAAACCAGAGCUACCCAAUCUAUCCUGAUACUGGUUAGUAUAUUUGUAUACUGUAACUUAAUCAAUUCUGUAUUGACAGUGUAUGUUCAAUUUGCAAAGACUAACCACUGGCUGUUGAAUGUUUCUUCCUUCCUGGCUGCCUGCUUUCCAGCUUGUAGCCCUUUUGUGCUGAUCUUCAGCGAUUCGCAAGUAUCUAAGUACUGCUUGACUAUUUGGGAGAAAAUAAAGCCUCCAUCCAUCACUGAUUUUUAG